GAAUUUAGAUAUAUACCGAACAAACAAGAAUCUGUCACACGAGCGAGGGCUGUUAUGGGGACGCCAAGCCGAUCGGCUGUUGUCGGCAACGAUCUUGCAGUCGUGGUUGCGAAUUCGGCAGGGACAAACCCAAAGAAAGAGGAACACGCCAAAGGAACUGUAGGCCACCUCUUAGUAACUACAAAUGAUAAGUACACGACCACAGAGAAGCGGGUGGCAAGGCGGAAG